AUGGCCAUUCAAUCGUACCAGAUUAAUGUUGGCUCAUCUAGCAACAAUGGUGAUUAUGGUGAUGGGCUCAUUGAGUAUAGUCUUUAUUUCCAACAGAAACAUCAACAUCAGCACCAAUUAGAACAGCGUUUAGGACAUGUUGAUCCCAAUCUUGUUGUUUAUAAUUCAGAAGUUUCAAAUUCUCCAAACUUUGCUGUUCAACUUGAGAAGGACCGUGAAGAAAUUAACGAGUACAUCAAGUUUCAGGAUGAGAGAUUGAGAUUUAUGCUACAAGAGCAAGGAAAACAACAAGUGGCAGUUUUACUGAAAAUAAUGGAAGCUCGUUCACUUGACAUCAUGAGGGAUAAAGAAGAAGAAAUUGCAAAAGCUACACAGAAAAGGGUUGAAUUGGAAGAUUUUUUGAAAAGAUUAGAAACAGAAAAACAAGCUUUGCAGAUGGCGGCUCAAGAAAAGAAAGAGAUGGUAUCAUUUCUGUAUAAAACUUUGGAGGAGAUCAAAGCUUCCAGUAAAGUGGUGGCGAAUGAAGCAGAGUCCUUCUGUGAUGAAGGGAGAGAAAACAAGAGAUUAGAAGAUGAAGGAAAAGGAGGAAAACAGGUAGAGUGUGGUGGGGUAGCCAACUUUGAACCUGAGGUGAUGCUUUGUAAAAGCUGUCAUUCUGGGAGAUCUUGUAUUGUGUUCCUCCCGUGCAGGCACCUUUGUUCAUGCAAAACUUGUGAUGCAAUACUGGAUGCUUGCCCAGUGUGCAAGAUGCCAAAAAGGUCUAGCAUUGAAACUUUGUUGUUCUAG